AUGCGGGGCACGGAAGCGGUGGACGAGGAUUACAAGGACGUUGAAUCGCCCACCGACAUCGCUGGUGUCAAGGUGGUGGAUGUGGCGGGUGAUCGCAGCUUCGUCCGGAUCGGAAGCGACCUUCCUUUCUUCGGCGUCUCCCGUGCCCGAGAGCAGGCGGCAUCCCGGGCAGCACACAGUGCGGGCUUGGCGCCAGAAGUGAGGUGGACCUCGCCAGAUGCCAUGGUUGUCGACUUCGUCGAUGGCCGGGCGCUGACGGAGGAUGAUCUCCACGAAGCCGGCCGUAGCGGCCCAGACAGCAAGGUCCUGGUAGCCUUGGCGAAAGCCCUUCGGACGCUUCAUGCAUCCCCAGUGCCAUCUGAGCUGGAGGCGUUUCUCAAGGAGGUCGGCGACGUCGGAUGGGGCGGACCCCACUUAGCAAAGUGGCUGUCCUACGCCGAGGAGAAAGGCUACAACCGCCUUCCACUUCUUCCCGGACUUCGGGACCUAAUCGCUGAGCUGGAAGCGAUAGCAGGUCCACUGGGGCCGAACACCUUCUGUCACUUCGACCUCCUCGCUGACAACUUGGUGUUGAAGAAGGACGGUAGCAUCCUGCUCGUUGACUUUGAGUAUUCUGCUCCCGGGCAGCCCUUCAUGGACUUAGCGGUUUUGGCCAUGGGAUGCAGCUUGACGGCAGACGAGGAGAGCAGCCUCCUCUCCGCCUACCUCGGGAAGGAGCUCACCGAGUCUGACCACUAUCGCUUCAAGGCCGUCCGAGUGCUUGCGGCACUGCGGGAAACCUUCUGGGGCGUCACAGCGGAGCUCAGCCAAAGCUCUGCUUUGACCCCCGAAGAAGCCAUCGCCUAUGCCGACAUGAACUUUGGCAAGUUCACUUCCUUGCGCGAGGAGUUCCGCUCUCUGGUGCCACCCUCCUAG